GUUGGCUAGUAUUUCAGAUAUUUUUGGGACGCUUUCCAGCCAGAAACAGCCAUUUCUUCCUUUAAAAAUUUGGCAGCACUGAACUGCACGCUAUAAAUAAAUAAAUGUUUUAUCCAAAGACGCCAUUCUUGGGCAAGGGAUUGCUGCUGGAAAAUGAAAUCCUUAAAGUUCAUUCUUCAGCUUUGCCACAGUUGUUACCAUGGCUAUGCCAGACGCCUCGCAUUACAACCUAUCGAAUCAACACGCUUCGCACCGACGUAGCGGACUACAAAGCCAAAUUACAGAAUCAAUUAAGCGAACGUUAUGGCCCAAAAGCACCCAAGGUAUUCGGACUCCCAGAAUUGCCGGAAAUGUUGUGCAUAGCACCAUUGGACACAUCUGCUGAUGUCGGAUAUGAGGACUGCCUCAAGCAGCUGAUUGUGGACACCAGCUGUGGGGCUGCCUUGCUGAGAGGCGCUCACAUCUUUGCACCCGGAGUUUUGGCCAUGGAAACGGGAACACAACUGCAGGAGAUGGUCAAUGUGUUUGCGGAUUUGCCGGGCAAAUGCAAGAAAGGCACUGCAACGCGCUACAGCUGCGAUGAGAAGAUCUUCCUGGGAGUGGGCCAAGUGCUCAUGCAACGCCAUCAGCUGUACAACAACAACAAGGAGCAACCGCCCUCUGGAAUAGCCGUGAGAAUGUUGACGAAUGUGAGUGGCGUUCCCACCUUGGGUGAUCUCAGUGAUGAGGAUGCGUUGCUGCAGAACCUGCCCUCUAUUGUGUGUGUACGUGUGUUGGCGCCACAGCCGGGUGAACGCGUCCUGGACAUGUGUGCGGCGCCAGGCAACAAGACAACCCACAUUGCCGAGCUCAUGGGCAACGUGGGCACUGUUAUUGCGCUGGAUAACUCUGGCAGUCGCGUGCGUGGCAUGCAAUCGAAGCUGGCUAACUACAGUUGCAUUGCAGCCCAUCAAUUUGAUGCCACAAAGGCUUGGGAUGAGAACGGAAGUGGAAUCUGCAUGAAACCACCUUAUGCCUCCAGCAGCUUUGAUCGCAUACUUUUGGAUGCUCCCUGCAGCGGACUAGGCAAUCGUCCGCAGCUCAGUUGCAACAUUAAGCAAGUCAAAGUGUUGCAAUCCUAUCCACACAUACAACGCAGUCUAUUCUCCCAGGCAGUUCCACUGCUCCGACCUGGCGGCGUUCUUGUCUACAGCACCUGCACCGUCACUGAGGCGGAGUGUGAGCAGUUGGUGGCUUGGGCCUUGCGCAGAUUCCCCCAGCUGGAACUCGUAGAUGCCACACCCAAACUGGGCUCACCAGGACUGCCACUGCCGGAUCUGGAUGCUGCACAGUGUGAGCUCCUGCAGCGUUUCGGCCCAAGUGCGGCAAAUCGUGUGAAGCACUUGGAUACAGUGGGAUUCUUUAUAGCCAAGUUCCAAAAGUCGUUGUCCUAAGAUUGUAAAAAACCAUGUUUGUUUAAUUUUUAUAAUAAAAAGUUACUUAAGUGUUA